AUGCUCGGUUCCAACAAAGUCAAAUCUUCAUCUCCGUCUCCUCAAUACGUGGUCCUCAACGAAGUCAAGAAGCCAUCAUGUGAACUCAUGAAAGACAUCGACCUACAAAAGUUGGAGCCGUAAGUUUUUUUUUGCGACUAUUUCUCUGUAAAUUUUUUGAACUUUUCCUUCGAACUCAAAUAUUUGUGCGCAAAAGAAUCUUUUCAGGUUUCCACUGAAAUACCGCGUGUACGUCUUCCUCUAUUUUUGUUUUAUCAUAGCGGGGCUGUUUUUAUUGGCACAUCUUUCGGUUUGUAAAUUUUUCACAUUGGAUUAAAACUUCGAAAUGAACGUUUGAAAAAUGGUUGAGUUGAAAAAAGAAAAUUGAUGUGCCAUACCUGAUAAAAUUCCCUCACUCGAUCACUUUUUUACUAGGAAGGGUAUUAAAUUUUUGAGACUGAAGGGAUUUUUAAUUAUGAGCAAGACUUUGUCAUGAGCUAAAAACAUGAAGUAGUUGAUUGUGAAAUGUGAACUUCGGGAAAUACCUAAAGAUGUCGUGCAGCUCAUUCCACUUCAUUUUGUCAAAACUUCGUUUUUUUUUCUGAGCUACAGAACUUUUUCCUUCAUGCGCGCGAUCUUCAUCCCUGCUUGCGUUGUCAAAUUAACCGAAAUUUCAAAACGAAUGAAAAGCGCAUGCAAAGGAACUGGCCGCGCUCCUGAAUGAGACGAUUCGGUAAAUAGGAGGAUAACAAAAAUCGUGAAAUAUUGGCGCGGAAUACACUAAACAAUUCGGGAAAAGCUUGGAUCACCUUGAAGGAAACGCGAAGCAGUGAAAUCGUUUUUUUUUAUUAUUUCCCCUAAUUUUGUGAUUAACUGAACAAUCAAGGAGCCGGAAAAGCUGAAGAAGAAAGAAGAUAAUACCAAUCAACUGUUCCAGGAGUUUGUAGCAAAGUGAGAAAAAAAGCUUUUGAAAACUAACUUAAAAACACACAGAUAUAACAAAGAUUACGGACCGUUCAAAAACUACCGUUUCCGCUACAACGUAUUCAAAAACACUGUGAAGGAACUGAAGAAAAUGGAAGAGGAGAUGCCGGGUGUGGAUUUCGACAUCACCCAGUUUGCUGAUUUGGAGGAGCAAGAACUGAAAAAGGUUGGUGUUUCUUUUCUUUCCUCAUGUUCGCGACGAGUUGAACUCUCAAAAUAACAUGAUAUUUGCAGUUUUUGCUAAACUCCCAACACGAAAUUUUUGAAGAAGGCGCUCGUUUCGAAGGCGAAACGAAUUACAAGCGGCCUUUAUCUGUCGACUGGAGGACAACUAACAAAGUUACCCCUGUCAAGAACCAAGGUAUAGCUCUCCAAACAAGAAUACAAAACUUUUAUUGCAUGAGUUUCAAUUAAUCUCCUUUUGCAAUGAUAUUGAGCUCAUAGAAGAAAGAUUAAACAUCUGUUAUGUGAAGUUCAAUAUAAAAACCUAACAUCGUAAGCCUCACAAAUGAAAAAAGUGGAGAAGAAAGUUGAAAGACCUUUUUAAGUAUGUUAGUUUUAAUUUCAAAAAGUUGCCUUCUAAGGUCAAUGUGGCUCAUGCUGGGCUUUCGCAGCUGUGGCUGCAGUCGAGUCAAUCAACGCUAUCAAAAGAAAUCAGCUGAUUUCUCUCUCAGAGCAACAGGUUUGAGGAAAAUAACAAAUAAAUGGAUGGUUAUCUCCUUCAGCUUGUUGAUUGCGACAGCAGAAAUGGAGGUUGCAACGGAGGCUAUCGUCCAUAUGCCAUGAGGUCAGGAUAUCCUGAUCUUGUCACUCAGAAACUCAUUUUCCUGUUCAGUUUCAUUAGAACAGAAGGACUAGUUCGCGAGAACCUUUAUCCCUACAAAGCCGCCCGGGGUCAAAGUUGCGAAUUGCCACAAAACGAGGUACAAUCAUUUUUGAAUUUUAGUCUUACUGGUGUCUUUUUUUGACGCUUUAGAGAGCAUGGGAAUUACUUCUGCUUCAAAAAUAAAUCUAGUUAUUCAUCACAAAAUAUGUUGACACGUCCGCAACAUUGCGUGAACGGCUACUGUAAACAGUUUUCUGUGAACCACAGCAUAUUUAGGGAGAAAUUAAAAUCGCGUUUUUCCUAACAAGAAAUCACAAUUGUGGAUUUUCGAGUACGUCGUUCAAUUCGCUAUGAAAAGCUCUACAAGACCGUUUUUGACUGCCCCUAUGCGUUGAACCAAUGAAUAACAGUUUCGUUCAAUGUUUUCGAACAAAGUUCUAGAAAAUGCAAACAGUGAAACAGGAUUCAUUUUUUUUUUUGUAACAUUCUUUGAUUGAUAAGGUGUCUGCUUUGUGAACUUUACCUUUUCAGACGCGCAUCUUUAUCGAUGACUACCGUAUGCUGUCAAAGGAUGAAGGAAAGAUUGCUGAUUGGGUCGCUUCUAACGGGCCAGUGACUAUUGGUAUUACAGAACUGGUUGAAAAAACAAUAAUAGGGAGUUUAGGAAUGAAAGUAGUCAAAUCUAUGUACUACUACCGAUCCGGCAUUUACAAGCCGACACCGGAAGAUUGCGCUGUGAGUUUUUUUUUGUUCCUCAGAUUUCGUGAAAAAAAACCAUGAAGUGAUGAAUUAUUUUCAAUUUUGCUGGGCCAGGCUCUUUCAAAUUAUGAUGAGAGGUAUACUGAAAAAUGAGAAAAGUUCUGGACUCAAAAAUAUCUGAAUAAUCUGAAUAAUGGCAAGCGUAGACUGAGAUAGAAAUUGGUUUUUUUUCAGAACAAGUCUCUGGGAUCCCAUGCGGUCACUAUCGUUGGCUACGGAACCGAAAAUGGAGUCGACUACUGGCUCAUCAAGAACUCUUGGGGAAACUAUUGGGGAGCAAGCGGGUAAAACUUUCCUAAUUGCAUCUUUCAUUCGUUUUUUUUGUUUUCAAGUUUCCUUGUUCUCCAUUUCAAUGACUAAUUUCCAGUUUCUUCAAGCUGGCCCGUGGAACAAACAGCUGCGGCGCUGCCGAGUCCGCAGUGGCUCCUGUCAUUCGUUGA